GAAAAACCUGCAGGACGGCUGAUGGUGACUAAUUGUGGUCAGUCUGUCAGGGAGUUGUGUGGUCAGCGUGUCGGGGAGAGUUGGCGGAGUCACAUCGUCUGUCCGCCGACCAAACUCACGUGACUGACUGAUCCUACGUAUGGGAGGGCCGGACAUGCGCACCAUGGAGUUGGCCCUGCUGCUUCUCCUGGCGGCUACCGCCCGCACUGCAGCUGAAGGCGACAUCAAAGUCAGCAUCGAUAAAGAGUUGGCUAACAUUGAAGAGCUGGAGGAAGAUGUCCACAAAUAUGGAAGAAGAGGUUUUACUGGGGGAGGCCUCUCCGGAGGAGGAUUCUCCGGAUCAGGAGAAGGUUCGAAGUACAUCAGCCUGGGUUGUUGGAAAGACACCGGCAAUCGCGCCAUCGCCACGCUGGAGGGCACAGACGCACGGCUGGACGGGAGUUACCCCGCCCGUAAAAACGCCAUCGAGAAGUGCUACCAGGUGGCCAAGUCCCGCGGGUUCUCCGUGUUUGCUGUCCAAAAUGGCGGCUGGUGUGCCGGCUCCGCUACUGCCCUCAGCACCUACCGGAAGUACGGACCCUCGUCGGGAUGUGGGAAAGAUGGAGAAGGAGGAGGCUGGGCGAACGAAGUCUACCUGAUUACAGGUAAAUAA